GCGCACCCGUCUCCAUGGCGACGCGGCUCCAGGCCCUGGCAGCCGGGCCACCGAGUGGGCGUGCAGCCGCGGCGGAGGCGGCAGCAUGAACACUGCGAGAUUGGCGGCGGGGCAGCGGUCCCCCAGCACCGGGAUUCCGGGCUCCAGGGGCUCGUCACGCUCGCGCCCACGCCUGCCCGCAGUAUCCCCUCAUCCCGGGCAGCACGGCGCGCCGCUCGGGCUCAGCGAGGCGCAGAAGCGGGUGCUGGACCUGGAGAAGAGCCUGCAGUUCCUGCAGCAGCAGCACUCGGAGACACUGAUCAAGCUCCACGAGGAGAUCGAGCACCUGAAGCGGGAGAACAAGGAUCUCCACUACAAGCUAAUCAUGGAUCAGAAGCCUCAGAAGAAAGGCAGCAUCUCCAGUUCCAGCUUUCAGUCCAACAAGUCCAUCUCGAACACCACAGUGACAGCCAGCUCCCCAGGCAAGGCCAGGCUCCAGCCCAGCUCCUCAAAGAAGCAAGACUUAAAAGCUGAUGUCCCCCUGAAGUCAGAUCUGGAGGAGGAGCUGUCAGCCACAGCCCCUCAGGGACUGGCCAGAGAUGAAGAAGUGAAGUCCUAUCCCAUGGCUAGCUCGGCGGCAGGCAGCCAGCAGAGGGGCAGGCUGGUGUCAGGAGCCCUGGCAGCAAUGAGCCUGCCCCCGCACCUGCGCAAGCCCACUACGCUCCAGCAGUGUGAGGUGGUCAUCCGCCAGCUCUGGAACGCCAACCUCCUGCAGGCCCAAGAGGUGAGGCCGGGCCACGGGGCACCCCUGGACCUCUGCAGCCCUGCCCACCCCCCCCUCCUUCUCCCUGCCUUUCAGCUGCAGCACCUCAAGUCCCUGCUGGAAGGGAGCCAGAGGCCCAAGGCUGCCCCCAAGACUGGGCUGAGUUCUCCCAAGGACCAGGAGGCCCCAUACCCAGGGGCCAUGCAGCUCCCCAAGGUCCCCACCAAGGGCGUCUCUAAGAAAUGCCUGAUCCUGAGCCCGGUAGCUGUGGCAGAGCGCGCCGUCCUGCCUGCACUCAGGCAGAGCCUCAAGAGCAACUUGGCCGAGCGGCAGAAGCGGCUGCAGGUGGUGCAGAGCAGGCGGCUGCACCGCCCUGUGCUCUGAGAGCUGGUGCCUGGCCUUGUGGCUGGUUUGCAGCCAGGCCCAUGACCACCAACCCUCUAGAUCGCACUGCAAUGAACUCUAGUAUAUUUAAUUCAAGCUAACUUCCAGGUAAACCAAACCCAUGUCAGAUAAAGUACUUGGUGUCAGAGCUGAGAAAUUAUUUUCUUGCUCAGUAUUUUGCUGCCUUGACACACACAUGCUAUGACCAAGUCUGACCCUAACCUGUGCAAAUAAAGCUCAUC